AUGAGAAUGGCUUGCCUUACCAUGACAGAAAUGGAAGGAAUACCCAUAUCUCCUAUACAUCAAAAUGGUGAUAUACCUGGAAAUGAUAAUUCUGUGAAGCAAAUAGACCCAGUCCUUCAAGUAUAUCUUUAUCAUUCUCUUGGGAAAGCUGAGGGAGAUUACCUGGCAUUUCCAACUGGGGAGUAUGUUGCAGAAGAAAUUUGUGUUGCUGCAUCUAAAGCUUGUGGUAUUACACCUGUGUAUCAUAACAUGUUUGCCCUAAUGAGUGAAACAGAAAGGAUCUGGUAUCCGCCCAACCAUGUCUUCCAUAUAGAUGAGUCAGCCAGGCAUAAUGUACUCUACAGAAUAAGAUUUUAUUUUCCUCACUGGUAUUGUAAUGGCAGCAACAGAACCUAUCGGCAUGGAGUGUCUCGAGGUGCUGAAGCCCCUCUUCUUGAUGACUUUGUCAUGUCUUAUCUUUUUGCUCAGUGGCGGCAUGAUUUUGUGCAAGGAUGGAUAAAAAUACCUGUGACUCAUGAAACACAGGAAGAAUGUCUUGGGAUGGCAGUGUUAGAUAUGAUGAGAAUAGCCAAAGAAAAGGAUCAAACUCCACUGGCCAUUUAUAACUCUAUCAGCUACAAGACAUUCUUACCAAAAUGUGUUCGAGCAAAGAUCCAAGACUAUCAUAUUUUGACAAGGAAGCGAAUAAGGUACAGAUUUCGCAGAUUUAUUCAGCAGUUCAGCCAGUGCAAAGCCACUGCCAGAAACCUGAAACUUAAGUAUCUUAUAAAUCUGGAAACCCUUCAGUCUGCCUUCUACACAGAGCAAUUUGAAGUAAAAGAACCUGGAAGAGGUCCUUCAGGUGAGGAGAUUUUUGCAACCAUUGUAAUAACUGGAAACGGUGGAAUUCAGUGGUCAAGAGGGAAACAUAAAGAAAGUGAGACACUGACAGAACAGGAUUUACAGUUAUAUUGUGAUUUUCCUGAUAUAAUUGAUGUCAGUAUCAAGCAAGCAAACCAAGAAGGCUCAAAUGAAAGCAGAGUUGUAACUAUCCAUAAACAAGAUGGUAAAAAUCUGGAAAUUGAACUUAGCUCAUUAAAAGAAGCUUUGUCUUUUGUGUCAUUAAUUGAUGGAUAUUAUAGAUUAACAGCAGAUGCACAUCAUUAUCUCUGUAAAGAAGUAGCACCUCCAACAGUACUUGAAAAUAUACAAAGCAACUGUCAUGGCCCAAUUUCAAUGGAUUUUGCGAUCAGUAAAUUGAAGAAAGCAGGUAAUCAGACUGGACUGUAUGUUCUUCGAUGUAGUCCUAAGGACUUUAAUAAGUAUUUUCUGACUUUUGCUGUUGAGCGAGAAAAUGUCAUUGAAUAUAAACAUUGUUUGAUUACAAAAAACGAGAAAGGAGAGUACAACCUCAGUGGGACUAAGAAGAACUUUAAUAAUCUUAAGGAUCUUUUGAAUUGUUACCAGAUGGAAACUGUUCGCUCAGACAGUAUCAUUUUUCAGUUUACUAAAUGCUGUCCCCCAAAGCCAAAAGAUAAAUCAAACCUUCUGGUCUUCAGAACCAAUAGUGUUUCUGAUGUACCAACUUCACCAACAUUACAGAGGCAUAAUAAUGUGAACCAAAUGGUGUUUCACAAAAUCAGAAAUGAAGAUUUAAUAUUUAAUGAAAGCCUUGGCCAAGGCACUUUUACAAAAAUUUUUAAAGGUGUAAGAAGAGAAGUAGGAGACUAUGGUCAACUACAUGAAACAGAGGUUCUUUUGAAAGUUUUGGAUAAAGCACAUAGAAACUAUUCAGAGUCUUUCUUUGAAGCAGCAAGCAUGAUGAGCCAGCUUUCUCACAAGCAUUUGGUUUUAAAUUACGGAGUAUGUGUCUGUGGAGAGGAAAAUAUUCUGGUUCAGGAGUUUGUAAAAUUUGGAUCACUAGAUACGUAUCUGAAAAAAAAUAAAAAUUCUAUAAAUAUAUUAUGGAAACUUGAAGUAGCUAAACAGUUGGCAUGGGCCAUGCAUUUUCUGGAAGAAAAAACCCUUAUUCAUGGGAAUGUGUGUGCCAAAAAUAUUCUACUUAUCAGAGAAGAGGACAGGAAGACAGGAAAUCCUCCUUUCAUCAAGCUUAGUGAUCCUGGUAUUAGUAUUACAGUUUUGCCAAAGGACAUUCUUCAGGAGCGAAUACCAUGGGUACCACCUGAAUGCAUUGAAAAUCCUAAAAACCUACAUUUGGCAACAGACAAAUGGAGUUUUGGUACCACUUUGUGGGAAAUCUGUAGUGGAGGAGACAAGCCUCUGAGUGCUCUUGAUUCUCAAAGAAAGCUGCAGUUUUAUGAAGAUAAGCACCAGCUUCCUGCUCCAAAGUGGACAGAAUUAGCCAAUCUUAUAAAUAAUUGUAUGGAUUAUGAACCAGAUUUUAGGCCUUCUUUCAGAGCCAUCAUUAGAGAUCUUAACAGUUUGUUUACUCCAGAUUAUGAACUAUUAACAGAAAAUGACAUGUUACCAAAUAUGAGGAUAGGUGCCCUAGGAUUUUCUGGUGCUUUUGAAGACAGGGAUCCUACACAGUUUGAAGAAAGACACUUGAAAUUUCUACAGCAACUUGGCAAGGGUAAUUUUGGGAGUGUGGAGAUGUGCCGGUAUGACCCUCUGCAGGACAACACUGGAGAAGUGGUAGCUGUAAAAAAGCUCCAGCACAGUACUGAAGAGCACCUCAGAGACUUUGAAAGGGAAAUUGAAAUCCUGAAAUCCUUGCAGCAUGACAAUAUUGUAAAGUACAAAGGAGUGUGCUACAGUGCUGGCCGGCGUAACCUAAGAUUAAUUAUGGAAUAUUUACCUUAUGGAAGUUUACGAGACUAUCUCCAAAAACAUAAAGAGCGGAUAGACCACAAAAAACUUCUGCAGUACACAUCUCAGAUAUGCAAGGGUAUGGAAUAUCUUGGUACAAAAAGAUAUAUCCACAGGGAUUUGGCAACAAGAAAUAUAUUAGUGGAGAAUGAGAACAGAGUUAAAAUUGGAGAUUUUGGCUUAACUAAAGUCUUGCCACAAGAUAAAGAAUACUAUAAAGUGAAAGAACCUGGUGAAAGUCCCAUAUUCUGGUAUGCUCCAGAAUCACUGACAGAGAGCAAGUUUUCUGUGGCUUCAGAUGUUUGGAGCUUUGGAGUGGUUCUAUAUGAACUUUUCACAUAUAUUGAGAAGAGUAAGAGUCCACCAGCGGAAUUUAUGCGUAUGAUUGGCAAUGACAAACAAGGACAGAUGAUUGUGUUCCAUUUGAUAGAACUCCUGAAGAAUAAUGGAAGAUUACCAAGACCAGAUGGAUGUCCAGAUGAGAUUUAUAUGAUCAUGACAGAAUGUUGGAACAAUAAUGUAAAUCAGCGCCCCUCCUUCAGGGACCUGGCUCUUCGAGUAGAUCAAAUAAGAGACAGUAUGACUGGAUGAAAGAGAUGACCUUCAUUCUGAGGCCAAAGUAGACUUACAGAACAAAGUUUUGUAUUUCACAUUGCUGUGGAAUAUUAUUACAUAUAUCACCAUUACAUGAACAUGACUCUAGCCAGCAAAGAUGUGAAAAUAGCUGCUUAAAACUUUUGAAGUUUAAUGAGUCUUCUAGAGGCCACCUGUAAAUGACAUUGAUGUAAAGUCCUGAGCAAGAAAUUUUUGUAAAAAAGUUUCAUGAACCCUAUCUGUCACUUAAUGUCACCCUUUUCUGACUAAAGAAAAAAAAUGGACAUUUUUCAACUCAGCUUUUUAAGUGAUGAAAAAAAUAAUAAUGUAAAUUUUGCAGUGUUGAAUAUGCACAGAAUAUAUAUGUAUAGAUUUAAGCACAGUGAAUGUAUGAUACCUUGGCCUCUUGUGUGAUGUUUUACACAAGCGCUGGUGUUCAUUAAUAAUGUUUUCUAAUUUUUCCAUAGUUCAUCUACAAUAACUUCUCUAUACAAACAGAUCAGAUGUGCAGAUAACUGAAUAAGCACCUUUGUGUCCUUGUUCAUCUAUACCACUGGCCAGCAAUAUAAGCAGGUAUAUUGUUUUAGCUUGUAGUUCCAUGUUCUGUAAAUAAUUUUUCAAAGCAAAGGGAACAAUUGUCUAGUUUCAUUUGUAUAGAAAACUUCUGUGACCCUAAAAAUAGAUUCAUUUUGGAAUGUAAGAGCUUACAGAGAUAUAACACAAUCUAUUUUCUUAUUUGUUUCCCUUGUAUGUAUUUGUGGUGAAUGUGUUUUUUAAGCAGAACUAUCUCCCAAUUUUUUAAAGACUACAAUGAAUAAUUUUCUUUUAAUAUUCUGAGAUUAAAAAUACCAGGAAUAUUGUCAUCCUUUGAGCCACUGACUGCCAGUAAGAUUCUUCAGUCCCUGAGACCUAUGGUCAUUCAUUUAAUUUAAGUGUAAGCCAUAAAAUAGAUUGUUUUAAAAAUGUAUAAGCCUCAGUAAGAUGUAUAAUGGGUUAGGAAUUUUUUUAGGUGUUUCAAAAAUCUGUUGCAGUCAUAAAAGAGAUUUCAUCUUGUGAGCGAGUCAUGUACACAAGGGAGAAAUGAAGUAAACUGUGAAAAGUUUACUUGUUAAUUUUACUCAAGAAUGCCAGUAGAAAAUUCAUAAUAUAUACCUUAAAGAAAAAUGAGAGUAUACUUAUUUUCAAUUAAGUAUAAAGGGUUAUUGUCAUUUGUUUUAGUGCUACUCCAUUUUAGACACAUCUAAAAUAAAACAUGGUGGGGUUUUUGUGUGUGUGCUAUUUAUACAAAGCUUAAAACACUAUUUUGGUUAAAAUAAAAUAGUUUCUUUAUUUUCA